AUGUACAAAGGUGAUAAUAUUCCAUUUUCUAUCUUCCACAUAUUGAGUGGAAAAUCAGAAAACAGACGAGAUACAUCUAAACAGGGAGCGGAGUUACAUCGUCCACAGGCACCCUAUCGGUGUACCGUUACUUCGCAGGUUCCUAUUUCAUCAACAGUACAAAAUGGUAGCUUAGUCAGACUAUUGACCACUGGUCACUGUGAAGAUAAUUCAAACACUAAGCCAGAAGAAAUAGCGAAGAAGCACCGUCCACUAGAUCCUGUGGAAGAAGCUGCAAAACCAAGGAAAAAACGUUCUCGUGCGGCAUUUUCCCAUGCUCAAGUAUAUGAAUUGGAGAGGCGUUUCAGCCAUCAACGUUAUUUAUCUGGUCCAGAAAGAGCAGAUUUAGCUCAGGCGUUAAAAUUAACUGAAACUCAAGUUAAAAUAUGGUUUCAAAAUAGAAGAUAUAAAACAAAAAGAAGAUUAAUGCAACAGGAUAUGCCUUCUACUGCUAAACGUGUUGCUGUUAAAGUACUGGUCAAAGACGAUCAAAUAGUAUAUAGACCCGAAGAUGUAACCAAACCAAUGCUCUAUCCUUCGUAUCCUAUUCCUGGAUUUCCUAUGGGAUAUAUUUAUCCUCCGUGGUUCCUUAAUUGUACAGCUAAUUAUCAAUAA